AUGCGUAAAGCUUUCUCCCGGCGGCGAGUCGGCAAAAAGAGCAUUAGCGCGGCCCCGCGGCAACAUGGCAGCGGCACGCCCCGUGCGGCCGCGCCGCCCGCCGGCCGCGCCCGCCCCCGGCCCGCCUCCGGCCACCGCGCCGCGCGCCGCUCACGAGUGCGCGGUUGGGCGGCUGAUCGCUGGCUGGUGUGUGAUGUCGCUGGCGCGGUGACGGGCGGCGUCGGCGAGCUGGGCGCGAGGACGUGGCGCGCGCGUGCGCUGGAUGCGGUAGGGGUGGGUGCGGGCGCGGGCGCAGGCGCUGGGGCGGCGGGCGCGGGCCCGGGCGGCGCCGUGGCGAUGACGGUGCAGCGCGACGAGCGCGACGCGCGCGCGCCGCGCACGCGAUUCAUGAUCACGGACAUCCUCGACGCGGCGCCGAGGGACCUCAGCGCGCACCGGGACUCCGACUCUGACCGGUCGGCCACCGACUCCCCAGGAGUGAAGGAUGACUCGGAUGAUGUGUCGAGUAAGAGUUGCGGCGGCGACACGUCGGGGCUCGCUAAGAAGCAGAGGAAAGCGCGUACUGCUUUCACCGACCACCAGCUGCAGACCCUGGAGAAAUCCUUCGAGAGGCAGAAGUAUCUCAGCGUGCAAGACAGAAUGGAGCUCGCGGCGAAGCUCGGCCUCACGGAUACGCAAGUCAAAACUUGGUAUCAGAACAGGCGGACAAAGUGGAAACGUCAGACCGCCGUCGGACUGGAGCUGUUGGCGGAGGCGGGCAACUACGCGGCGUUCCAGCGCCUGUAUGGCGGGUAUUGGGCGGGGGUUCCCGCGUAUCCAGCGCAGCCGGCACCAGCAGCCGCCGACUUGUACUACAGGCAAGCCGCGGCGACCGCCGCCGCCGCCGCCUCCGCCACCAACACCCUGCAGAAGCCGUUGCCUUACCGGUUAUACCCUGGUGCGCCACUGGCUGGUGUGCCGCCCUUAGGGCUGGGUCUGCCCGGUCCUUCAGCACACCUCGGCUCCCUGGGGGCGCCAGCACUGGGUGCUCUGGGCUACUACGCCCACGCUAGGCGUUCGCCCUCACCUGACGUGGACCCCGGUAGCCCCUUGCCACCCCCACGCUCCCCCAGGGAACCCUCGGUGGAGAGACGCACCGACGACGAGGAAGACGACGAACCCAUACACGUC